GCUCUUUUCUUCCCAAGCCCCAACCAAGCUGCACUUGUGCUACAUUUCGCCCACAAAUCUAUCGACCACCAAAUCACGCUCACGCCAAGGUCCAUAGACUACUGUACUUGCCUGACAGGAACCUGAGCGAGUUGGUCCGCGCAUGGCUGAGUUAGUGUAGCGCUGCCGCCCGGAACGCGGGAUAUCGGUCACAAAUAACUGGCGCGACGUGAAAGGAGUCUCCCCGUUCCUAACUAGCGAGCUUCGGUUUAGCGAAAAUGGGGUCGCUCUUUUCGAAAGAGAAGAAAGACAAGGCCCCUGAGCAGCGCAAGCCUGGCUCUGCCCCGACGCGGCUAGAGGGGCUAGAUGGGACGUCCCCGCCUGAGCCAGUGCCUGCUCGGCGAGCAAUGACGCCCGACGCCCCCGGCCCCCGAGCAAAAGCGACCGAAGCAAGUCCCGUUGCGGUUUCUGCAGCGGCAGAAUCGCCAUCUCCCGCAUCUACGACGUCUCCGUCGGAAGCGACGAAACCUACCGUCGUGGUUGCGCAACCCUCGCGCCAAGCAUCCGCGCCGGUUGAGGAGUCCGCCUCAUCACCGGGAGGAAACGGGGAUGUGGCCAGCCCCUCGCGGCGAGCACCCAAGAAGAUCGACUAUGUGGGCGCGCAGUCCGACGGCACGAAACUCGCAGCCGACCUGCCCGCGGCGGUCACAGUGCCCGAUGACGCCUCCAGCUGGAUCCCCUGCCUGGGCGAGAGCCUGGUGCGCAACCUGCACUCGCCGGACUGGAAGACGCGCGAGCACGCGCUGCAGGCGGUGACCCGCAACCUGGGCAACGCGCGCUGGAACGCGGAGCGGGCGCCAGAGGACAUUUGGAACACAGUGUCUUCGUUGCUGGACAAGGCGCUCAAGGACAAGGUGGCCCCGCUUUUCUACUCGGCCCUGGAGCUGCUGUCCACCCUGGUGGCCAGCUACGCGCCGCAGCUGCCCUACAGCGUGCUCACGCAGGGCCUGGAGCCCAUCAUGCCCACACUGCUGCACCGCGUGGGGAACAACAACAGCCGCAUCCAGGAGACAUCCAUCCAGGCGCUCCUGACACUGGCCAACCAGCCCACGUUAGGCCUGGCCUUCCUAGGGCCGCACGCGCUGAGCCCCAUCCCCAAGAAGAGCCAACAGGGCAGCGCGGCGGCCUCGCAGAUGUGCGGGCGGCUGGAGCUCAUCACGUGCAUGCUCAACGUGCAGGUGCAGCAGCAGCUGGGUUUCGGCACGGCGGGCCGUGUGGGUCCGGGCGGGGGUGCCCCGAAGCACACCAUGGCGGACGAGGAGGUGGUCAAGUUCGCGCGGCCCGCGCUGGACAUGCCCGACGACAAGGUGCGCACGGCGGCUGUGCGUGUGGUGGCGGAGGUGUACCGCAACCGCAAGGCCAACGGGCAGCCCUUCGAGGUGGAGAAGAUGCUGGGCGCGGGCGUCAAGCCCGCGCUGCUGCAGGUUCUCCAUCGGCGGUUUGCGGAGGUGGAUGAGGAGAUCGCCACUGGCGUGGUUCCGGGCACCGCACGCGCCGGCAACGCCGCGGAGGAGGUGCCUGUGGGCCCCGGCAUCACCAUCAAGGCGCCCGGGUCUGCCGGCGCCAAGGGCGCACUGCCCCCCAUCAGCGGCCGCUUCGGCGCGCUGCCCUCGCUCACCGUGGUCGGCAGCCGCGGCGGGAGCCGCCCCGACGUGGGCGCGCCGCCCGGCUCCGCCGGCGACCCCUUCGGCAAGCCGCCGCGCACGCCCGUCACGCCCGGCGGCUCCACGCCGCCGCGCGGCCGCACGCCGCCGCGUGGCAGCCGCCUCAACACCGCGAACGGCAGCGACGGCGGCGCUCGCGCGGCGUCGCCCAUGCGCGUGGGCUCGCCGGCGCGGGGGCCGCGCGGCGAGCCGCCGCUGCCGGGCACGCUGCCUGACCCGGAGGGCGGCGCAGACGUGAUGAUGAUCCACUCGGGUGCCUCCACCCCGGCGCGCGGCAACAGCAGCCAGAGCGUGCGCGGCAGCAACAGCAGCCAGGGGGUGCGGGCCAGCACCAAGGCCGACUCGCUCAAGGCGCGCGGCAAGGGCAGCGGCAAUGCGCUGGACGAUGCGGAGGAGCAGCUGAUUGAGUACAUCCUGAACGACGAGGCGCGGGCGGCGUUAUAAGUGGUGGCGGCAGCGGCGGCGGUGGUGGUGGUGGUGGUAAAGCGGCGGGCAAGCGCUGACGGAGCCAGACUGUGGCAGUGCAGCAAAGUCGGUGCUCGGGAGGGGUGAGGGCGGCAGACAGAGGCCAGGGCUCAGGUGCAGGCGGUAUGUUUGGCGAGCCCGGGGCCUGGCGUGCCUGCUGGCACGCUGUGGCGUGCGUGCAUGAGGAUGGACUACUUAGCUAGGAACUGGAUGCGGGCGCAUGGCAUGCGUUCGAAUGAGCAUUGGCGAUUCGGGCGCGACCCGUUGCAGCGCCAUCCGGCAGUCGGCACUGAUAGAUAUAGGACUGCUGGAUGGGUGCUGGGUGUAACGGGCGUGCGGACGGGGCGCAAGCGGGGGAGCCAUGCACGACGGUGAUGCGGUAGCGGUGUGGCGGUAGCGCCAUGAAUACGGCGAUACACACCUAGGUUGCUUAAUGGCAGCCAGUUGCUGCCAGCGCCUUAGGGCGUGAAGCGCGUGUCCAGUGCCAUAUGCGUAAGGGCGGCAUCGUGCCAUUUUGGGGCGCGCGGGUGUGAUGGUCUUGUGCGUGUCAAUUUUCAUGUGCGUGGGGCGUGCAGCCGUGAGAAUGCCAACAGGCGUACUCCUGAGCUAGCACCUAGAGCUUCCCCCGGAUGCAUUCGUAGACUGGCAGUGGACUUGCGGGACCUAGAUGUGGGCUGACUCUGUACUUGGUGACUUCGGUGAGAGCGUAGGUUUAGCGCAGGAAACUACAGGAAUAGCAAGGAAGUGUGAAGGAAGAGCGCCGGACUGCGUGCCAUAAGUCUUGACGUGAACAAUUGGCCAUGACGCGGGAUCAUUAAUUGCAGGUUGGGGCGAUACGAAAGCAGGAGCCGACGCGGUGUUGGGGCAGCCCUGAAGAUGGGCUCACACACAGUGGCUGCCGGCAAGUGUAGCCUGUGGGCGGCACGUGCGAGACUGUGCCGCAUAGAAGUUCGAGCAUUGGGCGGUUAUUUGAAGGGUUCUGCAAGGUUGGUUGGGUGUAGUAUGCAGGUGCAGUGUUGAGAGGAACUACCUAGGUGAUGCCGAGAGUUUGGCCCCUGUUGUAAUGGCCUGAUGAGUGGAACAUGAAGUCUUGAACAGGCAUAUGGUGUCACGACCUGUGCAGCUUGCAAAGGUUUCGUCAACCUG